AUGUCCGUCGCGAACUUCUUCGCGACGACCCUAAACCCCGCGAGCGGCGGCGGCGUCGGGAGCGCGUGGACGAGACCGCACCAAAGUCAUCCCACCGCUUCGAAUAACAACGGCGGCAACGGCACCGGUGAUGGACCGCUCGACGCGCUCGUCUCGUCGUCGUCCGCGCGGCCGACGCGAGAGCGCGACGCGCACGCCGCGCGCGUCGUCUUCGACGCGGACGACUUCGGCGUCGCCGGGCGCGACGGCGCGCGCCGCGUCCGCAUCCGCGCGCGGCUCGCGGCGUCCGACGACGACGGAUUCGCGGGGGCGGCGCGCGAGGCGUCGUCCUCGCCGCUCGUAGUCGGGGCGAAGUUCGAGACCCCGGCGCGGCGGACGCGACGGAUGGGCGCCGCCGCGGAUGCGGUCGCGCGCGUCGAGCACGGCGUGAGCCCGACGCGCGCGGCGGACGCCGUCGGGAAGAAGCGCGCCGGCGGAAGCGCGACGACGACGACGACGACGACGACGACGACGACGCCGCGACGCCGCGGCGGCGCCGGCGGAAGCGCCGGAGGCUCGAGCAUCCGCGCGUCGUCCUCUUCUUCGCCGUCGCUCGCGUCCGUCGCGCGGUCCGUGGGCGGCGACGACGGCGCGACGCCAUCGCGGCGGUACCGCGGCGUCACGCCGAUCCCGCGGCUGCAGCUCGCGACGCCGUCGACGACGACGCCUCUCGCGGCGCCGUCGUCGUCGUCCGAACCGCCCGAGGUGCGUUCUGUACACUGGUUCCCAUACGACCGCGUUGGCGUGGUGAACGCCGUUCCUUAA